UUUUUCCACCCUCGUCUUUCUCACGUUCCCCGUUUCUCACUCUUUCAGACAACAGUCACAAAACCAGUGAAGAAAAAAAAUGUCGUACUACUCGCGAGGAGAGGAUGACCGAGUCGACGAUUACGAUGAGUACGAUCCCACCCCAUAUGGUGGCGGUUACGACAUUGCUUUAACUUAUGGUCGGCCAAUCCCACCGUCCGAUGAUACCUGCCAUCCAAUCAGCUCUUCCUCACCGUCCGACGAGAUCGACUACGAUCGUCCCAAUUACUCCUCACAUUCUGAGCCGUCUCCUUACGCUGAUGAAGCUCUUGAAACAGAGUACAGCAGCUACUCCCGUCCCAAGCCUCGACCUGGAUCCAGUUAUGGUGGGCCUCAACCGGCUUAUGGAUUGCAUCCCGGAUCGGAGUAUGGGUCUGCUGGGUAUGAGAAGCCGGCUAAUGAGGAGUAUGGCUCUAGCUAUGAGUCUGCUGGGUAUGGCAAGCCUCAUAGUGAGGAAUAUGGGUCUGGUGGCUAUGAGAAACCUAGCGAGUAUGGAUCCGGGUAUGGGAGGAGACCCGAGUACGAAGAUGGAUCUGGCUAUGAGAAGCCGAGCAAGCAUGGGUCUGAUUAUGGGCGUAAACAAGAAUCGGAUUACGGGUCUGGCUAUGAGAGACCUCAGAGUCAGGAAUAUGGAUCUGGGUAUAGCAGGAGACCCGAAUCUGAAUAUGGUUCUGGAUAUGAGAAGCCAAGUGAGUACAGUUCGGGCUAUGGGAGGAAUCCCGAAUCUGAAUACGGGUCUGGGUACGAGAAGUCCAGCGAACAAGAAGAGAGGACUGAGACGGGGUACGGAUCCGGGCAUGGGAGGAGGCCAGGGUCCGAAUAUGAAGAAGAUGGGUCGGAGCACGUGUCUGGGUAUGGCAGGAAGCAGAGUUACGAGGAAGAGGGAGAAGGGUAUGGAGGAAGGAGCCAACAUGAGAAGCCAAGUAGUGGAGAUGAUUCACCUAAGAGGGUUAGCUAUGAAGGAGCCAACAUGAGGAGGCCAGGGUCCGAAUAUGAAGAAGAUGGGUCGGAGCACGUGUCUGGGUAUGGCAGGAAGCAGAGUUACGAGGAAGAGGGAGAAGGGUAUGGAGGAAGGAGCCAGCAUGAGAAGCCAAGUAGUGGAGAUGAUUCACCUAAGAGGGUUGGCCAUGGAGGAGAUUAUGAGAGGCCUUCUUAUGGGAGUCGCCGCAGUGACGACGACGACGAGGAUCGUAAUAAGUAUCGUGAUGGUGAUGAAGAGGGCUAUGGACGCGGGAAAUAUGGAGAUGACAAUUCUGAUGAUGACGGGGAGAAGCAUCACCGCCGCAAGAGCUAUGAUGAUGAGUGAUCAAUGGACUGUAAAAUGGGAUUCAUGGCACUAUUAGCUGCUACUAAAUAAAGGGGUGAUACCAUGUUUCCUUCCGAGGGCACUUUUGUUGAGUGUGCUUUGCAGAUGCCACUCUGUAUGUGUGCAAUCUGUUUUACUUCUGAAUAGAAUCCCAAAACUUACGUGUUCGGUGUGUUCUUCACACUAGCUUAUGAUAACAAAAAUUAUGUGGUGUCAUUUUAAUCUUUCUCUAUAUUGUGCGCAAAUAUAACUGGAGAGGGUGAAACAGUUUA